UAUGAAAAGUCAGCGACUCUCUCUCUCUCUCUCUCCAAGAAAACCAUUCCUUCUUUUGCUUGUUAUUGAGAGGAAAGAACAUUGGUUUUGUUUUCCAAACCUUCAGCUUGGAAGCAAAGAGAAAACCUGUUUCUUUGCUUCCUUUCUUGUUAAUAACCCAAACCCAUCUCCAUUCUUACCUUGUUGUUGAUCAUCGAAAGAUUUCUGCAUGUGUGUUUACGUCUGUUUUGAUGCAAAGCAAAAGGACAGAGCAGAGACUUCUCUAGAUAUGGAUAUGGGGGGUGGAAAAUGAAAGAAUCAGCUGUUUCUUACAUGUGUUUGUUUGCGUUAGUAUAGCAUGUGCAGUGUCUUCGGGCUACAGAUGGAGAAUUAUCAAGGUGAUUUAAACGAUAUAGUUCGGGCAAGUGGUGGUCCGAUGGGGUGUGGCUCUGGUCAUGGUGCCUCAGAUGUUCCUGCUUCGAGCUGGCAGCAAUUCCCCUCCGCCUCCGAUCCAUUGAAUUUUGCAUCAUCAGCCAUGGAAGAUGAUAGAGUGAACACGUUCGGUGACCCUUUCUCCACCUUGAGAGAUCCACUUCUUCAUGAGCUCAACGUGGCUGCUGCUGCUGGUUCAACCUACUUCAGCAGCCCUAAUUCAACUGUUGACGACACUUCUAACUUUUCUGGUGCAAGUAACGUGGUUGGUCAUGACAAGAUUUUCGAGGAUGACAUGAGAACUAGUAGUCCCUGCAGCAUCUUUUCUCGGAUUCAGAUCUCUCCUAGCUCUAGUAAGCUAGCCGUGUCCCCCUGUGAUUCGCCGCCGCUGAUGGCUGCUGCUGGUGGUGUUGGUGUUAGUGUUUCCCCAAGGGGAAUUAAGGCUCCUGUUGUGCUCCCAAGCGACAUGAUUAAUGCCAACAGCUCCAAAGGUUGCUUGAUUGAUAACUCCGGCCCACUGCAGAUCUCAUCUCCGCGGAAUCUGGGUAUCAAGAGAAGAAAGAGCCAGGCGAAGAAGGUGGUUUGUAUUCCAGCACCAGCAGCUGCCAACAGCAGGUCUAGUGGGGAAGUAGUCCCCUCGGAUCUGUGGGCAUGGAGGAAGUAUGGGCAGAAACCCAUCAAAGGUUCUCCUUAUCCAAGGGGCUACUACAGAUGCAGCAGUUCCAAAGGCUGCUCAGCUAAGAAGCAGAGUAGGCGCAGCCGAACUGAUCCCAAUAUGCUGGUGAUAACGUAUACAUCUGAACACAACCAUCUGCCAACCCAAAGAAAUGCUCUUGCAGGGUCAACAAGGUCUCAGACAUCCAAAAACAAUGCUUCUUCUUCCAAGAGCUCACCAUGUUCGCAGCCCCUAAGUUCAUUAAACCCCAAGGAAGAGCUCAAGGAGAGCAGCAAUGAUGCUUUAUCUCCAGCGGUUGCUGCUAGCUCAACUGCAAGUGCAUCAGUUAAAGAAGAGGUUGAGGACAUUGAGAAGCAGCUGGAUAUAGAUGAUGCUGAAUUGGCGAAGGGUGCCUCAAACAACAGGCCUGCACUGCCAGACUCCCAGGCGCAAUCUGAGGAUUUCUUUGCUGAUUUGGAUGAGAUAGAGGCGGACCCUCUAAAUCUAUUGUUUCCACAAGGAUUCACUGAAGAAGAGCAGAAGGAAAACAAAGCCAUGGAUCCAUUUAGUCUGUUUGAUUGGUCGUCAGGGGACAACAACGCUUCCUUCUGAGAAGCCAAAAAAGGGGUUUAUAGCAAGACCUUGAAUUCAAAGCAACAAGCAACAAAGUUUCACACUCAAACAUACAUCGAGACUGUUUCUAAGUUAGGUUUGGUGCAAAUGGAUGCAAGGUCCCUCUAUAAACCCUUCCUAAAAUUCUCUGGUUUGGAAAUUUGCAUGUGGGGAGAAUAGUCAGAAGAUUAGGAAGGAAACGAGAGUAAAAGACAGUGCCGCUGGAUUUGGAGCAGACCCGAUGGAGUCCCACAUUCCUUUUGGAAUAUUGGUGGAUGGGACAGAAAGCUGAGGAACAGAAGGUUUCAACAGUUAAAACAAGUACGUCCAUCAGACAUGACUGGAAAACUCAGUGAGCAGAUUGAUUUAGGAUGGACUUGCCCUUUCAUCUUUUCAAGUGGAAAAAAUUAUUUAAGCUUCACCUUUGUCCAUGUGGGCAUGGGCAAGGGCAUUCCCAUUCUUAUAAAGCCAAAAAAAAAAACGAAACCCCCCAUGAUUUCAUUGCUUUGAUGUGAAGAAAUAAAUGGGGAAAAGAUGACAAAAA